GUGACAGUCUGACCGGACCAGAGAGAAAGCAGCAGUAGCACUAUUUCCAUUGCUCGUUGACUCUUCUAACACUCAGUGUGGCUUUACCUGGGACACACUGACUAAACGAUGCACCACCGCCGCCACUUCGCACUGACGCUGUUGCCGUUAACCAGGUGUUGGACCACAGAGCAGGGACGUCGUUAACGUCACACAGGAUCAAACUUGUAUGCAUGUUCAGUCUCCCGGUCCCACACGCAGACGAUCGAGAAGAUGCUGAGCCGACUGAUGAGCAGCAGCAUCAGGAGUCUGGACAGGGAAUGCAACUGCACCGUGAGGCUGCUGGACGACUCGGAGUACACCUGCACGAUUCAGCGGGAUGCAAAGGGACAGUACCUGUUUGACCUGAUCUGCCAUCAUCUCAACCUGCUGGAGAAAGAUUACUUUGGCAUCAGAUAUGUCGACCCGGACAAGCAGAGGCAUUGGUUGGAGUUUACAAAGUCUAUUGCCAAACAAAUGAAAUCCCAGCCUCCGUUCACCAUGUGUUUAAGAGUCAAGUUUUACCCACCUGAUCCUGCCGCCCUGAAAGAAGAAAUCACCAGAUAUCUCGUCUUCCUGCAGGUUAAGAGGGAUCUCUACCACGGCCGUCUCCUGUGUAAGACAUCAGAUGCUGCUCUGCUGGCUGCCUAUAUAUUACAAGCUGAAAUUGGUGACUAUGACCCCGGGAAACACCCAGAGGGCUACAGCUCCAAGUUCCAGUUCUUUCCCAAACAUUCAGAGAAGCUGGAGCGGAGGAUUGCCGAGAUCCACAAGACUGAGCUGAUAGGUCAGAGUCCCGAAACGUCAGAGCUCAACUUCCUCCAGAAGGCUCAGAUGUUAGAAACGUAUGGGGUGGACCCUCAUCCAUGCAAGGACGUAUCUGGGAACCCAGCUUUUCUGGCUUUUACUCCUUUUGGAUUCACUGUGCUGCAGGGGAACAGGAGGAUUCACUUCCUCAAAUGGGACGAGGUGACCAAACUCAAGUUUGAAGCAAAGACAUUCCAUAUAUAUGCAAAUCAGAAUGAGGACAGGAAAAUCAUACUGACAUACUUUGCACCUACACCUGAGGCCUGUAAGCAUCUGUGGAAGUGUGGCGUCGAGCAUCAGGCAUUUUACAAGUUGGAAAAGUCGAGUCAAGUCCGCACUGUUUCCAGUAGUAAUCUCUUCUUCAAGGGUAGUCGUUUCAGAUACAGUGGAAAGGUUGCAAAAGAGGUAAUGGAACAAAGUGCCAAAAUCAAGAGAGACCCCCCUGAGAUACACAGGGCUGGCAUGGUGCCAAGUAGGAGCUGUCCAUCCAUCACUCACGGCCCUCGUUUGACCAGUGUGCCUCGGACCAGGCGGAGAGCUGUGCACAUCUCCAUCAUGGAGGGUCUGGAGUCGCUUAGAGACAGCGCCCACUCCACACCUGUUCGCUCCGUCUCCCAUGGCGAAUCCUUCAUGUCUUCUCGGGGCCAGCUGGUGGACGGCAGCGAGGCGAGCACAUCUGCAGUCAUCUCUGACGAGGCCUACUGCCCCUCAGACAGCGUGCUGCCUACACCUGUGGCCGAACACAGGAUGGAGAUGCCUUCUGCUCGACACCUGAACGGCGCUCCCUCAGGCAUUGAUGAGGAUAAAGAUUCAGAGGCGGGUACAUCAAAGGGGGGGCAGGGGACUGAGUUCACCUCGGGUAGGAGAGCGCUGCGUAAGGGGAGGAGCAAGCCGUCGUCAUCGAGCGACGUGGAGGAGCUGAACAAGUUCAUCCUGAGCGUGUUGCGUCUGUUCCUGGUCACCAUCGGACUGCUGUUUGCCCUGCUGCUCCUCCUUAUCAUGCUCACAGAGUCAGACCUGGAUAUUGCCUUCCUGAGAGACAUCCGCAAGACACCUGAAUUCCAGCAGUUCCACUUUGAAUACUUCUGCCCUCUGCGGCGCUGGUUCGCCUGUAAGUUACGGUGGAUGGGAGGUUUUCUAAUCAGCAAUUGAGGCAGAGAUGUAGAACCUGUAAGAAACUUCACAGUCCUCCACUGAUGGAGAUGGGACACAACAAAGACAGACAGCUGGGAGAGAGGUCUGGGAAAAAUCUGAUUCUCCCAGGAUGAAUCUCCUGUCACAAGCCACGUUCUGUCCCCUGAAGAACCUUGUGUAAUAUUUUUCACCAUUACUGCGAGGAGAGAUAUCACAUUUUACUUUGGAAAUUUUAUUUUUACACAAAAUCACAAUAACAGGGUGUUGUUCAAACACUGGAAGGGAAAGGAAAGUCAAACUGACUUCACUGAUUUAACCACAUAUAAUAGUUGCCUUUAUUUUUGUAUUGAUUUAUAUGUUUGUCGUAGGGCAGAAGGACCUGAAGAGUUUGGGUGUGUGUUGUUGUGUGACCUGAGUGUUUGAGUAAAGUUUAGAGCAAACUAGAUGAGGGCCAUUCUAGCUCAUCUUGUUUUUCAUACUUCAAAGUCAACCACCAUGUUCAUUUCAGCAGUGUUAUUAUGGCCGCUGCUAUGAGAUUGAAAACGGCUGUUUGAGUUAAGCUAGUAUGUUGGGGUCAGAGGAAGUGUGAAAUGUAAAAAUUGAGCAGCCCUUACUGAAUGUAGAUCAGCCUUGAGUCAAAUGCUUUUCCACAGAACUAGUUUCUUUUAAUCAAUAUUUGGUAUAUUUGGCAAUAAGACUCCAGACUUUGUUAACUUAUCCUGAUGGAGCACACAGUCCAGAAAUUCUUUAAUCAAUCAAAUGCUCAACAUGAGUCGCUGUAUCUAUUUGACAUAGGGGUGAUAUCGGUGCUGCUGCCGAGUGAGACUGAAGCAUUAUUUUUCUAAGAAGUGUGACCUAAUUUGUGAUCAGACGUCCAUUAACAAUGUGCUCAUGUCACCAUGUCUGUCCUCUAUCUAGAGCACCAAUAAGGCUUCAUCGUCCAAUGACUUUAAAUUAAGGAUGCAAUAUAAGGAUUUAAGUAAGUACUGAAGGUGUUAAGUUUACUGACUUUAUAAAAUAGGAGCCAAGUAAUGCUAAUAGCUACAAUCAGCAUCUGUGUAAGGAAAAUGUUGUCACUUUGCUGUAGUUACUUUGACAGUAGUUAUAAAGGGGAGGGGACUAUGUGAGCUAGUGCUGUAGUGAUAGUGAGGUGUUUGGUUAGAUCUUUGACUCCUGCACUCUUCAGAAGGGGUUCAUCUCAAUGUGCAAUAUUGUUCAUAAUAAAGAGCAAAGAUCUUUUUUUAUUAAGGGUAUGUGACAUUGUUUUACCUUUGAAAAGUGCAGAGUUUUGUGUUAUUUCCCACAGUGUACGGUUAAGAGAGCUUCAUUUUAUGCUAAGUGAAGAUAAUAUACCUUUGUUUAACCCUGCUGUCUUUAGAUUACUGCAAACCUUGAAUAUGUUUCGUCCCUGUUCCCAUUUUUGUACAAACUGAUGACUCAUUAACACUUGGAGAUGUCCUCACAGUGACUUUUAGUGUCCUUGAACAUUCUGUUUUUACAGUGGACAUACUGUCAUGUUUAUGUCCUACUGCGAUCUGCUUCAUUACACCUACCAAAGAAUCCUCUGUUGUCUGCUGUUUAUGUCAACAGAUGGAAACUGUAGAUAAGUAAGCUGUCCCUCUCCAGCCUUAUAAUUAAGUAUACUUAUUAUUUAACCUGCAGUGUGUCUUUACAUGCCAAGAGCAAUCAACAGCUUUACCGUUCAAGUCCGCUCGUGACUACUGGUCCUUCUCACAAGCCUACAAGUAGCUGAUUAGAGAGAGAGCAUAUACUGUGUCAGUGGUAGUUGUAGGCUGAUCUAAAAUUCAAAUGGUUGUGUUGUUGCAGCAAGACGACUGUAUGAGGAUGAGUGAUUAGCUUUGGAGUUUAGGAUGAGCAGCCUGUAGGCAGUCUGGAAAGUUACUUUAACAGUAUUGCAUUUUAUCUUGAAUAAGUUGAUCUCUCAGAGCACUUUGAGAAUCCCUGUACAAUUGAAUAUCUUGGCUUUAAGUAUUUUUUGUCAUGUUUUGAUCUUAGAUUCAGUAACUCUCAUACAUUGCAGAUGGUUGUCAGAUUUGAAUCAGAACUUUGCUAUAACACAGAUGGGUCUGUAGGUGAAAGAGGGUCAUGUAUGAAAAAAAAGCCCAGCAGACGCAGAUUUACCCUCUCCUUCCUACUAUUUGAACAAAUACGUAUUGAAAACAAUUAACAUAUUUGAGCAAUAAAUAUUACAGGUAAUGAAUGAAUUUGAAUAACUAUAAAGUACAAACUGUUUCUAGAAAAUGUAUUUUGAAUCCCUUCAGCAGGUCAAACUGUCUGUAGAUGCAUGUGUCAAAGGAGUGGUGCCUAGGAGGGUCAAAGAUACUCCUCUGAAGUAUCUCUAGUGAAAAUGUUUGAAUCCUGUUUGGUUAUUUCCUAAUCAUGGACUGCUUUUCUUGACUACGUUUAUAGAAAUGGAGUAGAUGCAUAUUUUUUGUGAAAGUUUGUGUUAAUGAAAUGAACACAUGCAACAGAAGAGACAUUUUCACUGGACUCUGGAGCAGCUCCACACAAAGACGGUUUGUAUUUUUAUCCUUUUUAAAAAAGAAAAAGAAAGCAGAAGUAGCAAACCCAACUACCUGACUCGUUAUUUUUGCAAUGCAGCUCGACAUCUUUUGUUUUUACUGCUAGAAUCUGUUUCAGUUCCCUUAAACCUGCACAGUGAUAAAUAGUGGUUACAGCUCUAUGGACAGGCAACUCUAGUUCUCACGGGAGGUGCCAGUCUAGUUUAACUGAAUUGUGUAAACGGAGAAGGCUCAGAUGUGGUCUGACUGUAAAGCUGACUUCCUGUACCAUGGACCUUGACAUGGAGAUGUGUCUGUAAGCAUGUGUUCUGCAUUUACCUUCAAACAAGACUGCUUAUUUCCAAUCACUGACUGAAGACUGGUGUAAUCUAUUUACAAAUAAAUGAUCUUUUCUUUACA